AUGCCGCAUCCCACGGAGCACUUCUCCCGCGUGCCGGUUUUUCGCUUUGAGCCCGGGCUGUCGUCGCCCGCGAGGAGGAAGCGCGAGUCGUUCCCGCGCUCGCUCAUGUCGCGGCUGCUGGUUCGCCCGACUCGGCGCGCGCUCGGUGGCAGCGCGCCCUCCAGCCUCGGGCCCCGCGGCGCGCGGCGACGGCGCCGCUUCCGCGCCGCCUCGGGCGCCGCUCCAGCCUGGCGGCGACUAGCGCCGACGGCCGCAAUCGCUGGGGCCAGCCUUCAGCCCCACCUCGGCGAUUUCAUUAUCAAAAUAUCGUUAAGUUAUCAUGGUAAUGGUACUAUAUGGAGAUUAUUUCCUUUUAUGGCUACUGAAAAAUCAUUUCGUUUAGGGAGUCGGUUGUCUCGUUCCAAGACAGUUGGUCGACCAGAAACAAAGAAAGAGAAGCUUAAAGGCCUGCAAAUGACUGUGUGUCAUGACUGCAAGACCAUGGUGCUGCAGAUCAUAAAGUCUUCACGCACAAGUCGUUCUAAUGCUAUUCGUAAUCUUACUCUCAACCUCUCCCCUGUGUAUUAGAUAUAAGAUAAAAAAAUUGAAAAUCACUGUAAAUGAUGCAACAAAAAUUAAAUUUGUGGGCCUUGUGAGAUAAUUUGUGAAGAGACCAUUAAUGGACUAAGAUGGUUGUGUCUAGGUUCUUGACUUGGUGAUAAUAAAACACAGAUUACAGACAUAAAAAAUUCUAAAUCUGGAAGUUAUUACAUUAAGUCACACCUUUGACAAGCAAAUUGUUCUUGUAAUUGUAGUUAUUGAAAUUUUAUUUUUG